UUCUCUCUACUAAGAUCAACACAACUUCUCUCUCCUCUAGGGUUUCUCUCCAAAGAAAAAAAAAACCCAAAUCGAUUUCUUGAUUUUAACAUCAAUCCAUGGCUACUACUGAAAACCUAAAGAAGGUUGAUGAGGAGGUACUAACACCUCCUUCUGAUACAGAAAUGGCGGAGAAAGAUGAGGAAAGUGGAGGAGAAGAGAAAGAAGAGGAAGAAGAGAAAGAGAAUACUAAGCCUAAAAUUGAGGAAUCAAAGAAACGGAGAGGAAAUAGAAAGAAAAGUGAGGAGGAAGUAGAUGAGGAGGAAGGAGAGGAGGAAGUGAAGGAGAAGAGUAAUAAGAAGAGAAGAGGAAGUUCUGGUUCGAAUGAAGCACCAGUGACACCAAUUGAUAGGCCUUCCAGAGAAAGGAAAACUGUGGAGAGGUAUUCAGCUCCUUCUAUUGAAAGAAGUGCUACACCUAAAAGCUUGUCCAUUGAGCAGGGUCCUGGAACUCAAUUGAAGGACAUACCAAAUGUUGCUUUCAAGUUAUCAAAGAGAAAACCUGAUGAUAGCCUGCAGAUGCUUCAUGCAAUUCUGUUUGGGAAGAAAGCAAAGGUGCAUCUUUUGAAGAGAAAUAUAAACCAGUUUUCUGGCUUUGUGUGGGUGGAAAAUGAGGAAAAACACCGGGGAAAGUUAAAGGAAAAGCUUGACAAAUAUGUUAAAGAAAAGUUAAUGGAUUUCUGUGAUAUACUUGAUAUUCCAAUCAUUAGGACGAGAAUAAAGAAGGAGGAGCUCGUAGAAAAACUUGUUGAGUUUUUGGAAUCUCCACAUGCUACAACAGAAGUUUCACUUGCUGAAAAGAAACAGUUGGAGGAAGCAAAAAAGAAAAAGAAGAGGUCCAAAGCAAGUGGAGAGACACAAACCAAGAAACGGAAGCAAAGCACCGAAGUUAAAAAGAAGAAAGAGAAAGAGAGUUCCUCUAAAGUGGAGGAAAAGGAAGAAGAUGUAGAUGAAGCUGACUCUGCGGAAACUGGAGGUGAGUCCGAUGAGGAUUCAGAGCAGAAGGAAGCAAGUGAUCAAGGAGAUAGUGAAUCAGAGGAAGCAGAGAAAGAAAAGGAGCAAGAGAGCAAACGAGGUUCUGGUAAGAAGAAAACGAAAGAGGGAUCUGAGAUGAAGCCUGAGGUUGAGAAGGGUACUCCUGCAAAAACUGGAAAAAGCCCUGCAAAAUCUUUGGAAAACAAAAAGACGCCGGCUUCCAAGAAAAGUCCUAAGGUUGAUGAUAAUCCUUCUGGAUCAGCCAAAGCCAAGAUUUUGAAAAGUAAAAAGAAGAAAGAGGAUGAGAAGAAAAGCCAGAAGAAUCAGGAUGCCAAAAAUGAAACAAGCAAUAAAAAGUCCAAGACUGUUGGAAAGUCUUCUGGCAAGGAACAAGGUAAGGGAAAAGCAAGUGCUAAGCCAAAGACAGAACCCAGCAGAGAAGAGAUGCAUGCUGCAGUGAGUAAUAUACUGAAAGAAGUGGACUUCAACACCGCAACUUUAUCUGAUAUUCUCAGACAACUAGGGACCCAUUUUGGUAUUGAUCUAAUGCACAAAAAGGCAGAGGUGAAGGGCAUAAUUGAAGAUGUGAUAAACAAUAUGACAGAUGAAGAGGAGGAAGAGGGAGCUGAAGAUGAGAAUGCUGCGAAGGAGGGUUCAGAAGAUGAGGCAGACAAAGAUAACAGCGAUUCUUAGUUUCUACAGCUAGUAGUACAACAGGCUUGUAAGCCUUCUUUUUUUCUUUUUCUUUUCUUUAUCAUUUGUACAAUAGAUGUUCACUUAUCUCUUGCUUCGCGGGAUAAUUGAUUGCCCCUAUAUUUUUUUUCCUUAACUGGGUUUGCUUGUACAAUAGUCAGUCAUGCAUGUAUUUUUUAGUUUAUUCAGUAAAUUUCCUUUUCUCUUUUCA